GCGCAGGCCGCUCGAGCCGGCAGUCUCCCAGCACAAGCCGCCCAGUUCGCAGGCCAGUCCGCUCCGUCUCCGACUGUCUCCGACACCCAGUCCGCGCCCAGCUCUCGUGUCCCGUUCGCGCACGCGGUCGUGUCCCGGUCUCUUCACCACCACCACCAACACACAAACUCCCUCACCAUGGCCGACGGUGGCGUCAAGAGAAACAUCCCCAUCAAGCACAUGGGCGACUUCAGCGUCCUGGACUCCGAGUUCAGCAACAUCCGCGAGCGCUUCGACAACGAGAUGAAGAAGAUGGAGGACGAGAUGACACGCUUCCGGUCGGAGCUCAUGAACCACGAGAGCAACUUCUUCAAGACUUCAACCAGGUAAGCAAGCGACGCCCGAGCGA